CCGCUUCUUCGUCCAACACUACCAAGUUGUCGCCCGCGCCUCCCCCGACCACCCAGCAUGGCCUUCAAAGCUCCAGCCCCUUCUGCCUCAUCUGCGGCUAGUAGCAGCAAGCUCACCCUCGCCACCCCUCUAAUCAGCUCAUUUCGCCCCUCGAAAGUCUUCUCGACGCCCGACUACAUCUCCGCCCCUGCAUCUCCUUCAGCACCACCUCACCACUUCACCUCCCUCUCCUUUGACGAUGCGGGCUCGCACUGCGUAACCUCAUCUACCGACGAGAGCAUUCACCUAUACGACACUCGUACAGGAAGGCAUCAAAAGGUGCUCCACUCUAAGAAGUACGGCGUCGAUCUCGUCACUUUCACCCAUCGAUCGAGUACGGUGCUGUAUGCGAGUACAAAGGGGGACGACACGAUUCGGUACCACUCGUUACAUGACAAUCGAUACAUCCAGUACUUUCGCGGCCAUGAAAAAAGGGUGACUAUAUUGCAGAUGAAUCCGGUGGAUGAUACAUUCUUGAGUGGAGCGGUGGAUGAAAGUGUAAAGGUUUGGGACUUGAGGAGCCCGACUCCGCAGGGCUCCACACCAAUCCACGGCCACCCCUGCCUCUCCUACGACCCCUCGGGACAAGUGUUCGCCCUCUCCAUCUCCGAACGCCGAAGCAUCCUCCUCUACGACGCUCGCAAAUUCUCCGACAGCCCAUUCCUCACCAUCUCGAUGGAUGAUGACGCCUACCUCUCUCGCUUCUCGAUGCCUCCCCGCCAGCCAGUCAUCACGUCUCUCUCCUUCAGCCCUAGCUCCUCCUCGGGGCACCUGCUGGUGGGCACGGCCGGGGACCAGCACUACGUUGUCGACUCGUACAGCGGGGCGUAUGCAUGGAGAUUGGUGGGACACAAGGGGCUCGAAACGAUACAGCGACGUCCUGCGGACGAGGAGGAAGAGAAAUCCUCGCCGUCAUCAAAGCCGAGCGCCGCGAGUCUUGCAGAGAGCGGCUCAUCAGGCCAGGAGCUCACCUGGACCCCAGAUGGCAAGUACGUCCUGGCGGGAAGUGCAGAUGGCUCCAUCCUCGUAUGGCAGAUCCCAGACAAGGACACGCAGCCACAGUCUGCCCCUGGUGAGAUGGGGCGAUCAUCUCCGGAAAAGAUGGCCACGCUUCAUCCUGCGGCUAGGCUAGAAGGGCAUGCCGGACCAGUCAGGGCAUUGGGCUUCAGUCCGAGGACGGCUUUACUGGCAAGCGCAGGCGAUGCACUGGCUUUCUGGCUGCCGACGAACACGGAGGGAACGCGAACGGGUAGUGUGUGAGGUGUAGCGGCUGUAGGAUGAGAUGAUAUCAGGUAGAGGAGAGCUCGAACCUCGUGCAGAAGGCCAAGGACGAAGAUGGCCGGCACCUCGGCGAGGAUCGUCGGUGAUCCCCAACAUUGUCAAGCGAAGAAGCUUCCGUCAGAGGUAAGAACGCCACAAUCACUUCAUCAUCACGUUCGUCCCUUACACCAUGCAAGCACGCUCGAGCCCACCCACGAUGCAUCGUGCGUACCUGCGUCUGCCACGCAAUGAUCGCCCAGCAGGCUCGGACCUCUCACGGCGUUCUUUCACGCUGGUUCGCCGGCCCUCUGGGGGGGAUGGAUCAAGGGACACCGUUCGUGAUAGGAUCGAGGGGCAGAGAGGAUGAUGGA